AUGGUUACCACUGUUUCUAUCAACGGUUUCGGCAGAAUCGGCAGAAUUGUCUUGAGAAUCGCCUUGUCCAGAAAGGACUUGAAGGUCGUCGCCAUCAACGACCCUUUCAUCUCCGUCGACUACGCCGCCUACAUGUUCAAGUACGACUCUACCCACGGUAGAUACAACGGUGAAGUCUCCUACGAGGGCAACACCUUGACCAUCGGUGGUCAGCAAAUCGCCGUCUUCCAAGAGAGAGACCCAGCUCAAUUGCCAUGGGGUAAGCUAGGUGUCGACGUCGCCAUCGACUCCACCGGUGUCUUCAAGGAGUUGGACUCCGCCCAGAAGCACAUUGACGCUGGUGCCAAGAAGGUUGUCAUCACUGCUCCUUCCGGUACCGCCCCAAUGUUCGUCAUGGGUGUCAACGAGGCCGAAUACAGCGGUCAAAACAUCGUUUCCAACGCCUCGUGCACCACCAACUGUUUGGCUCCAUUGGCCAAGGUUAUCAACGACGAGUUCGGUAUCGAGGAAGGUUUGAUGACCACUGUCCACUCUUUGACCGCCACCCAGAAGACUGUCGACGGUCCAUCCCAGAAGGACUGGAGAGGUGGUAGAACCGCUUCCGGUAACAUCAUCCCAUCCUCCACCGGUGCCGCCAAGGCCGUCGGUAAGGUCUUGCCAGUCUUGCAAGGUAAGUUGACCGGUAUGGCUUUCAGAGUCCCAACCGUCGACGUUUCCGUUGUUGACUUGACCGUCAAGUUGAACAAGGAGACCACCUACGACGCCAUCAAGGCCGCCGUCAAGAAGGCCUCCGAGGGUGCUUUGAAGGGUGUCUUGGGCUACACCGAUGAGGACGUUGUCUCCACCGACUUCUUGGGUGACUCCCACUCCUCCAUCUUCGAUGCUUCCGCCGGUAUCAUGUUGUCUCCUAAGUUCGUCAAGUUGGUGUCCUGGUACGACAACGAAUACGGUUACUCCACCAGAGUCGUUGACUUGGUUGAGCACGUCUCCAAGGCUUAA